UGUCCAUAUAGAAGGUUCAGACCUUUUUCCAUCUCAUUCGAUCUCACCACCUUUCUCUUCUCUACUCGCUUCAUUUUCUGAACCGAGAUUUCUGUGGAGAUACGAAAGCUUUGGUUGCCCUCUCUCUGUUUGCAGUGUUUUUCGUCCAGAAUAUCAGAUGUAGCGGAGGUUUUACGGUCGAACGAGGAGGUCGCCGACGAGUUCUGCUUGUUCGUAGCUAAGCGAGCCUGCGGCAUAGAUACACAUAGCCUUGACGGCCUCGUUUCCCGUGGGAAGGCCUCGGCGAUGGCGAUGACGAUAAAGGGCAUCUUCAGAGGGUUGAAGAUCAUCGCUCAAAUAUUCAUGCAGAGGGAGCAUGAGAUCGAGAUCGGGUACCCUACGGACGUGAGGCAUGUGUCGCACAUAGGGUUCGGCGCUAGCGGCUCCUGUCCAAGCUGGAUGAGUGAAUUCAGAGGAGUAGAGGAGGUAUCAGCAGAGGCAGCAGGAGCAGGAGAAGCAUCCGCAAGCUCCGCUGCGCAGUCGAGGCAAGCCUCCUGUGCUUCCCUAGACUUCGAGCAACCGGCAGGCGUCGUGCCGCCGCCGGAAGAGGUCGCCACCACCGGCAGCUCCGCCGCCGGCACCCCAAGUGGCGCCCCGAGGAAGCCGACGGCGAGGCCGAAGAAAGCCCGGGCGCCGUCGCCUGCCUCGAGGUCGUCCUCGUGGCGCUCCACGGGCUCGUUCGCCACCGCGUGCAGCGACUCCGGCGAACUGCGCCCCGCCGGCCUGCGAGCCGCCUGAUCGAUACCGCGGCGGAGGGCGGCGCGCGCCUCCCCGAUCACCGUACUUGUACAUGCUCUUGACACGGUUUGUUGCCUGUAACGUUUUCUUGGGUUUGGUCUGUUUGGUUUCGGCAUUCCGGGCGUGAAAACGGUCGGGAACUGUCGGAAAAAUAGCCUAACCAUUUUUGUU